UUAACCUCUUGGAUAGGACAUCGCCCUCCCUCCAGACGAGAGAGCUACGGAGAGCUUCAUAUACCAACUCCAGCCUAUUUGAGACGCUUCAUGAGUUCCGAACAGUUACUACAGCGAGUCAACGCGAAGUUCACAGCUCCAGCAAGCAGAGAAAAUCCAGACUGUCUAUUUGUACAUAUACCUCUUAGCAUUAUGAAUGCUAUUGAUAUCGACAAGACGUUAUUUCUGCGGAUAUUCGAUGACAUGAGGCUUGAUCCUCUCAUGUUGCGCUUUUUGGGCAAAUGGGAUCCUGGAUCUUGCCUUUCCUCGAGCGAUGGCAUCAACAGCUGUUACUACAUGAGUUACAUGCGAAUGCGUGGACAUUCUGUGUUGUGGGCGUACAGCAAGUCCUCUCGUCGCAUUCGGGGUAUACUCCUGCCGAGGACAUUCAAUCCACGCCUGAACACCAUUUUCAAUCCAAGCUUCAAGUUCUUGGAUGCUUUUAUGCGCAACUUGUGGAUCCAUCGAAGCUUGAUUACCGAGCCACAUGGAUUAAUGUAUAUUUGUUGCAGUUCUAUUGUCGAGAGAAUUUCGGUCGGCUUGUCUCAUGCCUACGAUGCGAUUGCUAGAGUUGAACAAGGUACGGGUCAUAGCACCUGGAACAUAGACCAUCCCCUCACUUUAGAAGGCAUGACAGACAGCUCGAAAGAAAUGGGACGUACCAAACAUAGAAUUCUCAUCAUGAAAAGGCAUGCAGAUUGCGUGAAUGUAGCACAUCAAAUCGUACACGCAGCGCUUCAGGUUGAUCAUGCAAAAAGCCCUGUUGAAAAUGUGUUUUCCUUACUCAUGACUGAUCUGGAGGCAUUGAAACUUGAGAAUGAAAACUUACUCGACCGAGCUCAUAACCAGAUUUUUGUCCUAUCCAAUCUCAUCGCACGCGAGGAAGCAAGAGCAGGUUUUCAAAUUGCACAAGCUGCAAAAAGUGACAGCGGAGCGAUGAAAACAGUUGCGGUUAUGACCAUGCUGUUUUUGCCUGCAACCUUCUUCGCUGCGUUGUUCUCACUUCCAAUGCUACAAUGGAGCCAGACACCAGUGGUGCAGGACAAAUUUUGGAUCUACUGGGCUUUCACAAUUCCUUGUACUGUGAUCAUCAUGCUAUUUUGGACCAUUAUCACUUAUCGCUCUUCCAUUGGGGGAUGUAUUCAGAACCAUGUGACACAUACAAGUAGAAGAAGGCAAAAAACUGGUUUCAGAUUGGACGGAAGCACAACUGAAGAUAUACAGAAGAAACCAUGA